AUGGCGUUCAAGGCUUCUGGCCUGGCGGGCACCGCCAAGCUCCACGACCUGACCAGCAGCAGCAGCAAGUUGGUCUGUGACCUCUGCGGCGACGAGGUGGACUCGGAAGUGGCAGACGCGGUUGCUCUGGACUGCUCCUUUGCCCAGUGCGACCCGGAGUCGAGCUGCUACCAUGCGCACUGCUUGGAGCGGUUCUUGAAGAGUAUGCGCUGCGAGAGGAACCGCAAAAUUGGCUUCCCAUGCCCCCGGGGCUGCGGCAAGGGCACCAAAUUCAAGGAGGCGUGCCGCGGCAAGAUCCUCAAGUCGCACCCCGUGAGCAUCCGCAGCGAGGCCAACAAGAAGCGGCGGCAGGCGGAGCUGGAGCAGCUAGCGCAGCAGACGGCGGCCAGGGACAAGGACAAACCAUCUCGGAAGAAGGACGAAGAGCCCAAGGCGGCGGCGGGCAAGGCGGGGAAGGGCAAGGAGAAGGGCAAGGCGGCGGCCAAGCCCGCGGUCAUCAAGGCGCUCAACGUGGCCAACACCGCCAUCACCAGCGCCGCGCCGCCCAAGACGCAGGCGCAGCUGCAGAAGGAGCAGCUGGCGGCGGCUGCCAAGAACCUGAAGAGCCAGAUCCUGGCCCGCUCCUCCUCCACAGCCUCCUCCGCCAGCUCGACCACCGCCACCGCCGCCGCCGCCGCCGCCGCCUCCUCGGGCAGGCUGAGCGCGGCGGGGUCGGCGGGCGGCAAGCGGGAGGUGAAGACUCUGGAUGAGUACAUGGCGGAGCGCACCGGCGCGUCGUCGGCGGCCCUGGACCGCAGCAGCAGCCUGUCCAGCUCGGCGGCGCCGGCGGCCAGCGCGUGGGGCAAGAGCCGGGCUAGCUCUGCCAGCAGCCUGGAGGCGCCUGAGCUGGCAGAGGCGGCGGCGGCGGCGGCGGCGGCGGCGCCAGCUGCGGCACCACCAGCGGCGCCGUCGCUGAGCUCAGAGGAGGCCUUCCCGCCGCCCGCAGCUUCCGCAGCGGCAGCCGGGCCGGGCAAGCCGCCCAGGCCGCAUGGCGCGGCGGCGGCAGCGGCGCCGGCGCCAGCGCCAGCCCCCGCGCCGGCGGCGGCACAGCCGCAGGGCGCGUGGGCGCACAAGCCGUCGGUGGCGGCGGCGGCGGCUUCGGCGGCCCCGCCGCCGCCGCCGCCUCGCCCACCCGCGGCGGCGCCCGCUGCAGCGGGUGCCAGGGGCAGGGGCACGGCAGCGGCUGUGGUGGUGGCGGCAUUGCCUGUGGAGGACGGCAAGCUGUCGAGGACGCAGCGCAAGAACCAGCGGCGGGCGGAGAAGAAGGCGGCUGCUGCGGCAGCGGCCGAUGCGGCGGCGUCCUCGCCGCCAGACGCCGCCUCCGCCUCCCCGGCCGACAGCCUGCCCACCAGCCCGCAGGCCCAGGGUGGCGCGGCGAGCGCCCGCGAGCGCUCCGCUUUUGCGGCCGCCGAGGAGGCGGCAGGCUUGGACGGCAGCGGCGGGCUGGCGGCCUGCGGCGAGGCCUUUGAGCGGUGCAUGCAGGCGCUGGUGCAGCACAAGCUGCAGCACCAGGUGGAGCAGCUGGCGGCGGUGGGGUUCCCUCCCAGCGUCGCGCUGGCGGCGGUGCAGCAGCACGGCGGCAGCCUGGAGGGCGCGCUGGUGGCGCUGAUCGAGCAGGCCACGGGGGUGCAGGACUCGAUGCACGGCCUGGGGCGCGCUGUGCUUGCUGCGCCCGCUGAGGUGGACCUCACAGAGGAGCUGCACCUGAUGCAGGAGCUGCAGGCGCGGUACGGCCUGCCGCCUGGCGCCGUGGAGCUGCUGGCUGUGGAGCAGCAGGGCGACCUGGCCAGCCUGGCGGCCAGCCUGGCGCAGCAGCAGCAGCAGGCGCUGCUGGCGUUGCCAUUCCACGGCGGCGCCCACGCCCGCUUCCCCGCGCAGCACCAGCACUCCUCGCUGGCCGCGCCAGAGUUGCCCGCCGAGCCGCUCAGCCCCGGCGCCAGCACCAGCGGCCUGGGCGGCGGCGGCCUGUUUGGCACCCUGGCGCCCUCGCCCGCCGGCAGCGGCCAGUCGUACAGCGCCGACAGCUGGGGGCAGAGCUGCUACUCAGCCUUUGGCUUUGGCGGGUUUGCAGAGGCGGCGCUGAGCGCGGUGCGAGACACGGCGGGGCAGGCGUGCGGCGUGGGCACGCCCACAUCCGGCGACCACCCCUCGCCCGCCGGCGCCGCGGGCAUCUGGGGCGGCAACCCGUCCCCGCUGGCCGCGGCAGCGGGCGGCGGCGGCGGUGCGUACGGCGGGAGCGACGACCUGCAGCUCCUGUCCCUGCUGGGGGCGUCGGACGCCGCGGCACCUGGCCCCAGCAGCGGCGGAGGCGCCGCUGCCGCCGCCAGCAGCAGCGGGUUUGGGCUGCUGGGCUCGUUCAACGCGCUGCAGCCCAGCAGCAGCAGCAGCCAACCUGCAUUCCACUCUGGACCCCUCGCCUCCGCCACCGGCUCCGCCAGCUUCCUGCCGGGCCUCCCCAUCGGCAGCAGCCUGCUGCAACAGCAGCAGCUACCAAGCGCUGGGUGGGGCAGCAGCGAGGGGCUGGCGCAACCGCAGCAACCGCUGUCGGGCCUGCCGCUGUGGAGUGCCGGAGGCGGCCUGGGCGCUGCCUCUGGCGUGGGAGCAGCCACAGACAACCUUGGCCUGCUGGUGCGCUAG